AUGUCCACCCUGUCCCCCGUCGAAUCCGCCAAAAAGGCCGCUGCCGCCCGCGCCGUGUCCGAACACCUGCAGCCUAGCCACCGCUACGUCGGCAUCGGAUCUGGCAGCACAGUCGUCUAUGUCGUUGACGCCAUCGCUGCCAAGGGCCCCUCGUUCUGGGGCGAGAUGACCUUCUUCCCCACCGGCAGCCAGAGCAAGGGCCUCAUCCGGGCUGCCGGCCUGCGCCUCUGCAACCUCGACGACAGGCCCCUGGAGAGUGGCAAGCCCGUGACGCUGGACGUCGCGUUCGACGGCGCCGACGAGGUCGACGCCGAGCUCAACUGCAUCAAGGGCGGCGGCGCCUGUCUGCUGCAGGAGAAGCUCGUCGCCAUCGCCGCUAAGAAGUUUGUCGUCGUCGCCGACUACCGCAAGCUCUCGAACAACCUACUCACGCAGUGGAAGACCAUUCCCAUUGAGGUCCUGCCCAUGGCGGCGCCCGAUGUCCUGAACCAGCUCGUGGCGCUGGGCUCGACCGGGCCCCUCGUUCGCCCCGGUGUCCCUGGCAAGGCCGGCGAGGUCGUGACGGACAAUGGCAUGUGGAUCAUUGACGCGCCGUUUGCGCCGCUGAAGCUGCUCAGCGAGGGCGCAGGUGCUGAGCGUGCCGCCGACGGCUCGUGGGGCGUCAAGGCGCUGGCGGACGAGAUUGUCAAGAUUCCCGGUGUUGUCGAGGUCGGCAUCUUUUUCGGUCUCGACGGCAGCGAAGCGGCCAAGGCCGGUAAGUCUGGACUGGCCCAAAAGCCUGUGGCGGCAUACUUUGGCAUGGAGGAUGGCAGCGUCAAGGUGACAAACGCGGCAGGGUCGGAGUAG